AGGAAGUCAAUUGUCAACAGUUGUCAACGAUAAAAUAAAAUGGACGAAACUUGUCGCGAGUGCUCACAACAACAAUCAAGAUCAUAUAACUUAACUUUUAAAACUUGUCUCAAAUGUCAUCAGUCGGUCUGUAUAAUGUGUCAGACCAAACACGAAAGAAGAAAGGAUAAUCAUUCUUUUAGACAUUCUCAUUUUCAACGUUUACCAUAUUUCUGUUCGGAACACACAAGCGAAUUACUGAACAAAUAUUGUAUAAAUUGCAGUAAGGCAGUAUGUGGCUAUUGUUACCGCAAGUAUCACGAGAGUCAUAAAAUUAAAACAUUUAAUGAAGUUGCAAAUGAUCGUAGACGAGGCCUAAAAAAGGAAAAAGACAGUGUUUACCAAGAAUUAAAAAAAGUAAUUAAACAGACAGAAAAAGGACACGACAUUUAUAGGGAUUUUGAUUUGCAGUUGAAAUGUAUUUAUUCAGAAGUUGAAAGUAUCGUUGUUGGUAUUAGACACAAACAAGCGGAAAUACUAAAUUAUGCCAGUUAUGGCAAACACACAGAUAUAGAUGCAUUUCUCAAAGAAAUGUUUUCAUUGAUGGUUUGUGAAAGGAUUGGUAAUGAACGCUACAGAGUAUUACAUAAAAUCGACAAAGAAAGGGAUGAUUAUAAAUUUAUUUCAUAUUAUCAGAAAUAUUCCUCAUGGUUACAACAAUGUGUUUCAAUUCCAAUAGAGGAUUCCACAAAACUUCAGCCGUUGAAAAUUCGAUACAACAAACCAUUUGACGAAGAAGUCAGACAACUUCUAAUAAAUAUUGAAGUAGGACCCAAGUCUAAGUCUAAACAGAAGAAUAGAACCAGUGGAAAUAGCGAAGAGGAAAGAACAAUGAAGUUAUUAGCCGUUACUGAAAAAGACAAAAUCAUAGAAGAUCUGCAGAUAGAAUUACAGAUAAGAGGCCAGGAACUAAGCUGUAUGAGGAAAGCAAUGCAGUUUAUGAAUGAAAACACAAAGAGGCCAAGCAUAUCCAAUACAUCAGUGAAAAUGAAACUGAUUGAACAUAUAAGUGACUACCCGCAAGUAUUAGAGACUAUACAGGAGUUCCAAAGUAACAUGGGAGGCAUAAAACAAACUAUGGAUGAACAGGAUUUAGCAAUAAGCCAGCUAGAAAAAGAAAUAAAGGUACUCGAGCAUGCUUCAAAAAAAGGUCCUGCUGGUGACACUAAAAGAAGGCAACAAGACGUAAGCAAUGUAGACGAGCAGUCGAAACUCAUGGAUAAAGUAGAAGAUUUAGAAAUCAUUUUGCAAUCAACAAAUAUAGAGAACGAACAUCUUCGACACAACCUAGCAAGUGUAGAAUUCAAGAUUGAUGAAUUACAAGCAAGCUAUGAUAUACUUCAUAAGAAGCAUUCGAUUGUUAAACAGAAUCUAGACACGGCCAACAGAGAAUCUGAAGAUCUCAAAACGAGGCUCAGUCAGAUUGCUGGGGCAAAACUUGUUGCAGGAAACUCAUGUAUAGCAGAUUUGGGCGAUAAAUAUAGACCUACAAAAAUAGCAGAAAUGUUUUCUGAAUUGUAUGACACAGAGUGGACAGAUGCUGUAGAUAAACUCAUGUCAUCAAACAAAGACUGGUCAGAAGAUUUAGUUGUUCGACAUCUUUUUAUUGUUUUACAGGUUUGCUAUAGAACUUGUAGUGAAUUGGCAAAACAACAGCUUAAUUCAACUUGUAAGAUACUGUUCCUUGACAUCCCAUCAGAGCAGAUGGCGGAGCAGCUUGAUAGACACAUCACAGAAGUAAAACAAAUUCGAGAUGCAAGAAAAGGAUUUGCCCGAGAUGUGUCACAGUUUCUUAUUAGGGGAAUAUUUGAGUACGACCAGUUCAAAAAGGAGUGUAAAAAGUACAAAGAACUAGACCAAGAGCUCCUUUCUCAUAUACGCAAAACAGAAUUUACAGAAAAAUGUGUUAUGGUUUGUUGGCUUAUGGUCGUUCAAGAUCCAGAGAUGUUUAUCGAUGACGAUAUGAGUCCAAGUGAACGAUUCAACAAGGAUAUUUACAGAGAAUACACACAAAGCGGAACAAAGAUUGCAUUCAGCGUAUGGCCAGCUUUAUACCUAAAAAAAGGUGGACCUCUUCUAUCAAAAGGAGUAGUCCAGGUUACAAACUGAAACGGAAAUGAUGAUUAGUGUCAAUAAACUCGCUGUUAAUUGAAAGUGCGGUGGUUUGUCCAUUGAGUAUUUGGGAUUUCUUCCAUUGUAUUUGGAUUAUCAAAAUAAUAAUACAUUAAUAGCAUACUUUAUUGUAAAAAAAUCAAUAGCCUUAAGAAAGGUUUUAGAAUAUUGAAAAGCUCCAGCAUUCUCUUUUCUUUUUCAUUAUUUGGAUUGUACCUUGUCU